GUGGCCACCAAUUUCUCUGCUCCACUCCUUAGCGGAUAAACCAUGGCUUCCACCUCCGCCACCACCUCCUCCGUCCCAAUUCUCUCACCCGCCACCACGUCUACAACCCACCACUCUCUUCAAUUCUCUACCAAACUCUCCUUCACUAAACUCCCCUCCAUACCCUCCUCCAGAACCAACAGGCCACAUUCCAAGCUCCACGUAUCCUCCCCCACCAACAAACCCACUGCCACGACCUCAAAGUCCACCUCCAAACCAACCGAAGAAAUCAUAUUCUUUGACGGCGGAGCUCACUACGGUGACCUCGUUGCCAAUCUCCUUCUGGGUUUCACUCUUCUCUGGUUACCCUUAACUCUGGCAGCAGUUUCGAGAGCCUUCUUUCUCCGGUACAGGUUCACCAAUUUGAGGGUGACCGUGAUUUCGGGACUGACUGGUCAAGAUAGGAGCGACUUCUCCUACAAAGUGAUAAAGGAUGUGCAGGUGGUGCCGCGUUUUGUGGGAGAGUGGGGUGAUAUUGUGAUUACAUUGAAGGAUGGAACCAAGGUGGACCUCAGAAGUGUGCCCAAGUUUAGAGAGAUUGCUCAGUAUUGCCUUUCCAUGGCUGGUCAAUCUUCGGUUUUGAAGGAGAGUGAGGCAAAAGGGUUUUGAGGGUUUGGUUCGGAAAAUUGCAUGGAGGUGGUUGGGCAUGAUUGGUCUCUCAUAAUUUUUCUUUUUCCUUUUUAUCCCAAGAGGUAUGUAUAUUUACAUUUGGGUGAUUUGGUAAAAUAUUGGAAUUUCCUUCUUGUUGUGAAGAUAAUCAAAAUGAAUCUUGUGUUAUAAUGAUUCUAUUGCAUUUUUGGGUGGUAUUCA